AUACUUGAAGGUCUUGAGUGCUUCAAGCUUGGGUACAUUUGGCGGGUUGGAGAUGGCACACAAAUAAACAUUUGGGAAGAUAAUUGGAUCCCGGGCAGUCACAACAUGAAGAUACAAACGCCAAGAGGCAAUAAUAUAGUAACAAGAGUUGAUGAUUUAAUCAACCCUGUGGAUUCAACAUGGGAUGCUGAUCUUGUGCAGUCUAUUUUUUGGGGGGUUGAUGCAAGUCGUAUUCUGCAAAUACCAAUUACAUCAGGAAGAGAAGAUUGUGUUGCGUGGCAUUAUAAUAGAAGUGGGAUGUUUUCUGUGAAAUCAGCUUAUCACGGCCAAUGGAAGAGAACAUUUGGAGCAAGGCUCAAUAUGGCACAGGGUGGCAGUGUCAGUAAUGUUCAGGUGUGGAAAAAUUUAUGGAAACUCCAAGUGCCAGGGAAAGUGAAGAUUUUUGGAUGGAGGGCCCUACAGGGGCUCAUACCGUGUAGAGCAAUUCUAGCAAAUAAACACAUCAUUAAUGAAGGAGCUUGUCCUGUGUGUCGCAAUGGGGCAGAAGACAUCAAACACAUUAUGUUCACUUGUGAUCGAGUAAGAGCUGUGUGGAAAUCUAUAGGAGUAUGGGAAAAGAUCAAUUCUCUACUGGAGACCGAUCGGUCUGGCUCUAUUGUGCUAGAAGAGGUGAUCCGAAGGGGAGAGCAAAUACAUGGGCUGGGAAUAGUCUUUGCAGAACUCAUGCUGACGGGAGGUUGGCUCCUUUGGUGGGAAAGAAGGCAAUUUGUACACGGUGAGAACAUCCAAAGCCCAUCAAGAUCAGGCCUCUCAAUUAUUUCUUUGGCAAAGAAUUAUAAACUGGCAACAAAACAAGAAUCAAGGCUUCGUCAAGGCUGGAGGAAGCCCCCUGAGAACUUUCUGAAGCUAAAUAGGGAUGAGUUGGGAGGUAUGGUGGCAGCGACAAACACAUAUAUUCCUCAUCUGGUGGAUGCACCAAUGGCCGAAGCAUUUGCUCUAAAGGAGGGGAUCAUGCUAGACCAACAUAUUGGAGGCAACCGUAUUAUUGUUCAGUCUGACUGCAUGGAUAUUGUUGAAAUCAUGAGAAACGGUGGGUUCACAGCUAAUUCAGCGGCUGCGAUUUAUGAUGAAAGCCAUACUGUUUGGUGCGGCUUCCAGGAGAUAUCCAUCGAGCACUGCAACAGGGAUGCAAAUCAGGUGGCGCAUGAACUAGCUAGGCGAGCAUUGUAUACAAAAGAAAACUGUAUCUGGGAUGAUGAUCCCCUAGUUUCAUCUUGGAUGCGAUGUCGAAUGAUGUAACUGCUCUCAAUUAAUAAAGCUCCGCUGUUUGUUCAAAAAAAAAAAAA